AGCUCCUCCGUCAUAUACCAACUUCGGAAUCUAACUAUGAAAGAUGCUGGGUUCAGUUAGAGACCAGGUAUAACAAUAGGAAAUAUUUGUCACAUUGCAUUUUGGUUAGAUUACUUAGUCAGAAAAACAUUGUUCAAGAGUCAGCUAGUGCUUUAAAGGAAUUAAUGGAUACUACAUCAGAUUGUUUAAAUGCUUUAACUAAUUUGGAUAUUGAUGUAACUUCAUGGGAUAUUAUAAUAGUUCACAUAGUAACAUCAAAACUAGAUCCUGAUAGCAGAAAGGAUUGGGAACUGAAGGUGACUAGCAAUGUAGAUUCAGAUGAGCUGCCUACAUUUGAACAGCUUAAAGAAUUUUUAACAGCACGUUAUAGGGCACUUGAAUUCUUAGGAACUAGGUCUAGUAAAAACAUUGUUUGUAAGGAAAGGGUAUUCCACACAGCGGCCAAUACAACCAAGGUAUGUCCGGUUUGUCACAGUAGCGAACACAAAAUAAGAAAUUGCAAACAAUUUGUUAAUAAGGAUGUGGAUAUACGACGUAAGUUUGUGCAGGAUCACAAUUUAUGUUUUAAUUGUUUAGGAUACAACCACUCUGCUAGGUUGUGUAAAUGUACAGCGUCGUGUCAAAUAUGUAAGCGUAGACACCACUCUUUGCUGCACCCUAAAGGUGAAAGGGAGUCUGGUGUCAAGGGAGUUUCAUCAACGCGAGCAUAUUCAACUACAGUCGGAGUAGAAUCGCAAAACAAUGUAGUAGCUUGUUUCUCUAAAGGUGGAGUGAGUAGUCAAGUCUUACUACCAACAGCGCUAGUGAGGGCUGUAUCCAAGAACGGAGGUAUGUAUACUAUCAGAGCACUACUGGAUCAAGGCUCACAAACGUCGUUUAUUACGGAGCGCGCUGUGCAAAGUUUAGGAUUACAGAAAAAACUAGUUAAGGGUUCAGCCACUGGCAUAAAUGGUCAUAACAAAUUAGGUUUAAAUUCGGUUGUUGAGGUUAAAAUUCAAUCUAGGAUAGAUUUGUCAUUUGAACUUGUAGUCAAAGCAUACGUUCUCAAUUCUAUAACGUCUUAUUUACCGGGUAGAGAAACGUCAUAUUUAGAUUGGGCUCAAAUCAGUGACAUCGAACUAGCUGAUCCUGGAUUUCACAAACCUGAUAAAGUAGAUAUUUUGUUAGGGGCAGAGAUUUAUAGUCAGAUUUUGAAGAACGGGUUUAAAAAGGCACCAGAUGGCAGCACAGUAGCCCAAGCUACCACAUUAGGAUGGAUUAUAUCGGGUACAGUAGCUUCUUCUUCACAGAAUAUAUCAGAUAUUACUGUGAUGCAUACUCACCUCAGUGGGAACGAAAUACCAAAGAAGAAACUAGGAAAAGAACAUUUGAGGGAAAAGCAAGUCUAUAAUCAUAUGAACGAGUUACUAGCAAAGAGAGGAUUCACUGUACAAAACGGGUUAAGCAACAGCAGUGAAUUACUAGGGAAAAUUAUCGGGAAAACACACUCGUUCAAGGGACUAGAUGGUGUAGGAAAAGGGAUAAAUAAGCAAGCAAGCAAUAAAAUAAAGCAAAAUGGACUUACCUGGAACAGAACCUGCGACACCUUCCAGUAUUCUGUUCAGUUACCUGUGCGGGAAAAACUUAAAACUAAAAGAAAAAAGCAGCUUACUUUACCUUGAUCCAUUUAUAUCGUCAGGGUGGGCGGUAGACAGCAGCAUUCUAAUCUUGUAAUUAAAGAGAAUAAUUUACCUACCUGUCGGUGGCUUCUUGGCAGAGUGGUUGAAAAGCAUUCGGGGUUAGACAAUCUUACACGGGUAGUUACAAUUCGCAGUAAUGGUUCUAUGUUCAAAUGUCAACAUCCAAGCUGUGUGUAUUGCCUAUUGCCUAGGUAUAUGCUUAAGUUAGGAUAGUUUUAAGUACUGUUGUAGAAUUGUAAUUUUGGUUUUUUAUCAUUGUAAGCAUUUCUAUGUUAAGUUCGGUUUUUAUCAUUAUAAGUUAGAUUUAAGUCAUUUUGUAAGGGUUUUUCAUCUGUAUUUUGGUAUUUUAACUUUAGAAGGACAUAUUGUUUCACAAAAUGUCCUUGGUGGGCGGAAUGUUUAACCGCAUAACAACUAAUCUGUCAAAACCCGCGAUUCAGUCAAAACAUAGUUCCAAAUUUAGCUAAUAGAUGGAGCUUUUUAUUUGAGUCCGUUUUCUGAAUCGCGGUGUUAAGAUUCUCAGGCUAUAGUAUAAGUAUCCUGAGAAUCUAUUGUAACGUUGGUAUCAGGUAUCAA